AUGCAUGCAUUUGCAUAUGAACAGAGCAUCCGCGAGAGGAGGAGGGCUGGAAGGGGAAGGAGAAGGAAGAGCGCUGAAAUCUGCCCACAUUUCGCUCCUUCCCUCUCAGACUUGUUCCCAAUUCGCUCCAAAAUUCCUAUCGUCAACGGCAUAUAUAGCAUUGAACGCACUAGUUUGCUUGUUUUUCUAAUAAUAAUAACACGAGAAAUAAAGUCUCACAAUUAUCAUGCUGCGGUUUUUGGGAAGGCAGAUAAUGGAAACCCAGGUCAGAGCCCAAGCAUUCAGGCGCAAGCAUUCACUUUCCGCGAGCUAGCAACCGCCACCAAGAAUUUCAGGCAGGAAUGCCUGCUGGGUGAAGGUGGAUUUGGACGAGUGUACAAGGGCACCAUUCCGGCAACCGGCAAGGUGGUAGCUGUGAAGCAGUUGGACCGAAAUGGGAUGAAUGGCAGCAAGGAUUUUCUGACAGAGGUUGCGGUUUUGAGUCGCCUCAACCAUGAAAACCUGGUGAAUCUAGUUGGUUAUUGUGCCGAUGGGGACCAGCGUCUUCUGGUGUAUGAAUACAUGUCGGGGGGCUCUCUAUGUGAUCGUCUUUUUGAGCCAGAGGAAGGCAAGUCUCCAUUGGAUUGGUUCAACAGAAUGAAAAUAGCGUCGGGAGCAGCCAGAGGACUAGAGUAUUUGCAUGACAAGGCCAAUCCACCGGUUGUCUACAGGGACUUGAAAUCCUCGAAUAUCUUGCUGGAUGAUAAUCUUAACCCCAAACUAUCUGAUUUUGGGCUCAACAAGCUUUCCGGGGGAGACAGGUCAAAUCUUAUAUCCCCCGGAGUUACAGGUACUUACGGCUACUCUGCUCCCGAGUACAUCAGGACCGGACACCUCACCUUGAAAUCAGACGUCUACGGUUUUGGAGUUGUGCUGCUGGAGCUCAUCACCGGACGACGAGCCAUUGAUACUACCAAACCCAAUGAGGAGCAAAAUUUAGUUUCAUGGGCACAACCCUUAUUCAGAAAUCCAAAACAAUUCCCAGACAUGGCGGAUCCGCUACUGAAGAAGCAUUUCCCGGAAAAGGAUCUGAAUCAAGCUGUGGCAGUAGCGGCCAUGUGCCUCCAAGAGGAAGAAGGGGCGAGGCCUUUGAUGAGCGACGUAGUAACUGCUCUGAGUUUCCUGUCCAUGGUUCCACCGGAAGUAAUUCCUGCAUCGCUGUCGCCGGCCACCUUGCCCCCGCAGGAUGAUGGCUCCGAAGAGGAAGAGGAAGAGGAGGAGGAGGAGGAGGAUGAGGAGGAGGAGCCCGAUUCUGAUGAGACGGGGGGGAAAUCAAGCCGCAGCAGCAGCGUGAGUUGGGAAGAGGGAAGCGUGACAUCCAGCAAGAAAUCGCGAAAUUUAAGCAAGAAGAAAAGUAGCUCCAGAGAUUUGAAGCAGAAGAGCAGCAAGAAGGGUGGAGGAAAAGUGUCGAGCAGAAAGAGCAGCAGACAAUCAUCGAGAAGCAGGAAGAUGAGCACGGAACGGGAGGAAGGAAUGCAUGAGAGAGGGAGCAGCAGGAUGUCUCAAAGAGACAUGUCAUUUGGGCUCACCAGCAGCGGCGGCGACGACAGUGACGGGGGCUCACAGGAAGGGGCCCACCAGCGGUUGCAGCACGCCCAUACCGCCAAACAACCUCAUAAGGAUCCCCACAGGGAACGACUCACCGCUUCCAGCGCCCGAGUCUAAUCAUUAUUUGCAUCUUUCUUUGCUUCCCACACCCAUUCCAGAAUAGCCACAGUCACUCGU